AUGGAGCCGAAGCGUUUUGACAUCGACGAGGAAGAACUCGGUUGCAAGAUCCGCAACGUGAAGCUGAGCGAAAAGUGCCGCUUGAAGGAUGAAGAGAAACCCGUCAAGGAUGAUGAGUCCCGUGCCGCCCAAGCCAAAUUGGAUUUCGAGGUCGAGCGGGAAUGGAAGCAACUUCAAGAUGCUGGAGUUGGCAAGAUUGAGAUUUCCAACAGUUCCUGGGCAAAGAAGGUCUGCAAGGGCCUUACCAUUAACCACAUGAACAUGCGUUGUGCCGACACGGGUCGGCUGAUGUGGCAGUCAGAUGAAUGGGGCCAGGAUAUCUUCCGCGUCGAACAAAAAGCUCGUCUUCCGGUGGAGAUUUUGAAGUGCCCUGCUGUGUCUCGCGAGAUCAACUUCAGCUCAGCUGAAGAGAUUACCAAGUUUCGACUGGAACAGCGUGUCUUCUUAGCAGGAAGCUGCAUUGAAGAAUGGAUUUUCAACUUCGGUUAUGUGAUCCCGGGCUCAACUAAUACGUGGCAACAAACCAUUGAAUCAGCCGGCCCGGAAAAUAUGCUUGAUCCGGAGGUGAUGAGCGGCAAGCUCACGAUUGAAACGGCAUUCUACGACGGCCAACUGCCGAUUGCCAAGACUGUCUACAGAAUAUAUUACGUCUGAUCGCGCUGGCGCCAACCAAGACAAUGCGCGCACAGUGAAGCACCACAACGCCCCCAGAUGAGCAAAUAGCUAAAGGCAAAUGCAUGUACCGCAGACAACACCGUUCUUUCAUGUCGAAA